UUAUGGAAUUCCCAUUCAUUUCCUGGUUGCGUUCAGAGCGUAGCUGAAGACCCAGAAGCCAAGUGGUUUUCACAGCUCGCACUGAAUAAAUGUGGAUGUAGCGUCAAGGUUUUUCUGCCGACAAUGAUUCCUUACACGGUCAACAUCAAGCUCGCGGCUCGGACGCUGACUGGCACGCUGAACUUGCAGAAUAAAACAGCCGUUGACUGGGGAUGGCAGGGACUAAUAGCGCAAGGAUGUCACUCCAGUAUUCUCAUAAUUGAUCCAAAGACUGCUCAGACCAUUCAAGUACUGGAGAGGCACAAAGCAAUCGUUGUCAAGGUGAAAUGGUCAAGAGAAAACUACUACCACAACCUGAGCUCUCCCUACUGCCUGCGGCUGGCCUCAGGAGACGCGUCAGGCAAGAUCAUCGUGUGGGACGUGGUCAGCGGCACAGCUCACUGCGAGAUCCAGGAGCACUCCAAACCUAUCCAGGAUUUAGAGUGGCUGUGGAAUCAGGAUGCGUCUCGUGACCUCCUCUUGGCCGUUCAUCCUCCCAACUACAUCGUCCUGUGGAACGGAGACACCGGCACCAAGCUGUGGAAGAAGAGCUACGCUGAGAAUAUCCUCUCGUUUUCAUUCGACCCAUUCGACCCAUCUAACAUGGCAUUGCUGACCAGCGAAGGAAUCGUUUUUAUCACUGAUUUCUCCCACUCUAAACCACCGAGCAGCGCUGGCAAAAAGGUGUACAUCGCUAGCCCUCACGCAAGCCCAGCGCACGCCAAACCUGCGCCUGCCGCUGCCCCUGCACCCACCGGUGCCAAGAAGGCCCUUAACAAAGUCAAAGUGCUCAUCACCAAUGAAAAGCCCACUGCAGAGGCAGUGACGCUGAACGACUGUCUGCAGCUGUCCUACCUGCCGUCCAAAAGGAACCACAUGCUGCUGCUUUAUCCCAGAGAAAUCCUGAUCCUGGACCUGGAGCUCAGCCAGACGGUGGGCGUGGUGGCCAUUGAGCGCUCGGGGGUCCCCUUCACCCAGGUAAUACCUUGCGCUCAGCGCGACACCCUCUACUGUCUCCAUGAGAACGGUUGCAUCACUCUGCGGGUGUGCCGCUCAACAUCUGCUCAGGAGGAAGCAGCAGACCCAGAACAGAGUCCCCAGGAACUCGUUUAUGACCUGCGCUCCCAGUGCGACGCCAUAAGAGUCACCAAGACGGUCCGGCCGUACCGGAUGGUUAUUUGCCCCGUAAACGAGAACAAAGCUGCGCUCAUGGUCAGCGAUGGAAGAGUCAUGCUCUGGGAGCUGAAGGCACACACUGGACGGUCUGCUGCCAAUCCAAGCUCUGGGCUGUCGCCGCUCUACUCCCCCGUGUCGUUCUGUGGAGCUCCUCUGGGUCCAAACCAAAAAAGAAUCCAGGAUCUUUGUCUCAACAGCAUGAUCGGUCAGACUCUGCUCGGUGGUGAAGCUCCUCCUCCAUCAUCGAGCCAGCAGGAGGUCCAACUCAAGUUCCUGCUCACCGGCCUCCUGUCCGGCCUGCCGCUGCCGCCCUUCGCCAUCCGCAUGUGUCCGCCUCUCACCACCAAGAACAUCAACCACUAUCAACCCCUUCUGGCUGCAGGCACCAGCAAUGGGUCGGUGCUGGUGUACAACCUGACCAGUGGUCUUCUGCACAAGGAACUCAGCGUACACUCCUGUGAAGUCAGGGGACUGGAGUGGGUGAGUCUGACCAGUUUCCUGUCUUUUGCAACUUCUUCCCCCAACAACAUGGGCCUGGUGCGAAAUGAGCUGCAGCACGUCGACCUCCCUACUGGCCGAUGCUUUGCAUUCAGAGGUGAGCGAGGGACCGACGAGCCGCCCAUCGAAAUGAUUAAAGUGUCUCAUCUAAAACAGUACCUGGUGGUGGUGUUCAGAGACAAACCCUUGGAGCUGUGGGACAUCAGGACUGGGACACUUCUCCGAGAAAUGGCCAAAAACUUUCCCACCGUCACUGCUCUGGAAUGGUCUCCAUCCCACAACCUUAAGAGUCUGAAGAAAAAGCAGAUAGCAGCCAGAGAGGCCAUGGCCCGCCAGACGGUGUCAGACGCAGAGCAGAUCAGCGUCGAGUCCUCAGUCAUCAGCCUCCUGCAAGAUGCAGAGAGCAAAUCAGAGACCAGUCAGGCCAUCUCGGCCAGGGAGCACUUUGUGUUCACAGACACCGACGGGCAGGUCUAUCACAUCACCGUGGAGGGCAACACGGUGAAAGACGGAGCGCGGAUCCCCCCUGAUGGCAGCAUGGGCAGUAUCGCCUGCAUUGCCUGGAAAGGUGACACCCUGGUGCUUGGAGACGUAGAUGGCAAUCUCAACUUCUGGGACCUAAAAGCUCGUUUGUCAAGGGGGAUACCGACACAUCGAGGCUGGGUGAAGAAGAUCCGCUUCGCUCCUGGUAAGGGCAACCAAAAGCUGCUGGUCAUGUACACAGACGGAGCAGAAGUCUGGGACACCAAAGAGGUCCAAAUGGUCAGCGGUAUCCGGUUUGGACGCAACGUGAACUACCGCAUCCUAGACAUCGACUGGUGCACCUCAGACAAAGUCGUGCUGGCUUCGGACGACGGCUGCAUCCGAGUUUUGGAGAUGGCCAUGAAGUCCGCCAGCUACCGGAUGGAUGAACAGGACCUGACUGACCCGGUGUGGUGUCCUUACCUGCUGCUUCCCCGGGCUGCCCUCACUCUUAAGACUUUCCUUCUCCUGCAGCCCUGGUCAGGGACCUUCACCAUGGACAUCACCCAGGUAGACUACAGUGAAAAGCUUGAGAUAAAAGGCCUGAUCCAGGAGCAGCUCAACUCUCUGUCAAACGACAUGAAGAGCGUGCUCCAGGACCCAGAGCUCAGCCUUCUGCAGCGCUGCCUGCUGGUCUCACGGCUGUUUGGGGAUGAGUCCGACCUGAACUUCUGGACAGUGGCGUCCCACUACCUGCAGCUGUUUGCCCAGGCUCGGCAGCUCAGCGUGACCACGGAAGGCGGGAGCGAAGAAACCCGGCCGCCGUCUCAAAACCCUCUGGACAUUUGCCACGACAUCUUGUGCGAGUGUUCUUACUUCCAGAAGUUCCAGCUGGAUCGAGUUCACUUGCAGGAGGUGAAGAGGUCCAGUUAUGAACACACCAAGAAGUGUGCGGACCAGCUCCUCCUGCUGGGUCAGACUGACCGCGCGGUGCAGCUGCUGCUGGAGACGAGUGCAGACAACCCCAGCUACUACUGUGACUCCCUCAAAGCCUGCCUGGUGACCACCAUCACCUCCUCGGGACCCUCGCAGUCUACUAUCAAGCUAGUGGCCACCAAUAUGAUCGCUAACGGCAAACUCGCAGAGGGAGUCCAGCUGCUGUGUCUUAUCGACAAGGCAGCCGAUGCCUGCCGCUACCUGCAGACCUAUGGGGAGUGGAACCGAGCCGCGUGGCUUGCUAAGGUGCGCUUGAACGCGGCAGAAAGCUCCGACGUGCUGAAGCGCUGGGCAGAACAUCUGUGCUCCCCUCAGGUCAACCAGAAAUCCAAAGCCAUCCUGGUGCUGCUGUCGCUGGGCUGCUUCUACAAAGUGGCAGAGAUGCUGCACAGCAUGAGGUACUUUGAUCGCGCCGCUCUCUUCAUCGAGGCGUGUCUGAAAUCCGGGGUCAUGGAGGCCAACGACUCUUCCAAUAAACUCAUCGAGGCGGCGUUCCUGGAAUACGCGCGGCUGCUGCGCUCGCUGGGCCUGCGGGAGGGCGCCGCCCUGUGGGCCUCGCGCGCCGGCAGCGCCGGAGAGCAGCUGAUGGAGGAGCUCUUCCGAGGCGAGGGAGGCGUUCCCGACGCCGUCGACGACGUGGAGGUGGGACCGGAGAGCGCCGAGUGACGGGGGCGAGCGGCUCCUUCGGUGUCUCUCGCAAACGAACUCUGGGUCGGCGUCCAGGAGACUCACGCUCAUCAUCUCCGCGUCGCCGAAGAGAAGAGGAAGGGGCGGGAGGCGUUUAUUCCUUGGAGACCACCUGUGUCCCGUGGCUGUGACGAGGUUGAGUUUUCCAAACACGUGAUGUAAACGGUGUGUGUUUGUGUUCAUGUGUAAGUGCACGUAACGGCGUGAAAAGAAACGCACCUCGUGUCCUCGUCGCCUCUUUAUCCCCUCCAUGUUGCGUAGCACAUUUAAGUCCCUGAAUGUUUUCUUUUGUGAAUGGUUACGUUCUGUGCUGGUAUCGGUGAUUUCACAGUACUGCUCUAGCUCUGUGGGUGUCAUUGGGGGGGAAGAAAAAAAAAAAAAAAAGAUCUUUCCUUUUUGAAAAUGUUUUGUUACGGCAGCCCAUGGGGGACUUUCCUGAUUUAAUGACUGCACUUUGAAUUUUACCCCUAAAAGUUUUGUCAUUUUGAAUGGAGAACUUGCUUUUAUCAUGCACAGGUGCACAGACACAGAAGCUGCUUUGUUCUCCGAGUCUUUCACCGAAACCUUCUGCUGCAUCUCUAACGGUGGUUAAGUUUUACACCCGGGCCACGCUGGGCUCGUUAAACACACUUAUGGGUUUGAUAUCUGAGGACUGCCGCCGCAGGGACGCAGUGAAUUACAUACAUGAUGUGUCUUAAACUAUUUCAGUUAUCUUCGAGGAAUUAUUAUUUUAUAUAUUUUUUUGAGACUUGCAACAAUGUUUUUUUUUUUGUUCGUUUCUUAUGUUUCUGUAAUGAAAUCGAUCUUUGCUGCGGUCAGCCUGUUGUUGAUCAGACCUCUGAAACGUAUAACCAGUCUGCGCUGCUUCCCCUCGCCGCUUAUCACAAUCACAGAAUCUAACUCCCUGAAAUGGCACCUUGCAUUCACGCCCCUUAAACUUUUUCCAAAUUUUUUUUUUUCUUCUUUUACCUUCCAACCGCCUAACUCUUUGUACUUUAUAGGAAUUACACACGACAGACCAACACAAAGAAGCACAUAAUUGUGAAAGUGAACUUUCAGCAGCAAGUCUCUCCACCAGCCUUGCAUUGCUAGAGAUUAAAGAUUUUGCUCAGUUCUCAGAUUAGACGGAGGGCAUCUGUGAACGUCUGUUUUCAAGCCCUGCCACAGAUUCGUAACUAGAUUUAUAUCCAGACUUUGACUGGAUAUAAAUGCCUACUGACACAUGAAGAUGUUCUGUUGUUUAAGUUGAAUGCCGUCCUGCCAGAAAGUGAACCUCCACCCAAAGUCGCGAGUUUUCUGUAUUCUCUAAGAGUUUUCCUUCCAGGAUUGUCCUGCAGGGGCGUCCAUCCAUUUUCCUGUCAUCUCUGAGCAGCUUCAUCUGUCCAAGCUAAACAAAUAGCCUCCCCGCAGCAUGAUGCUGCCACCAGCAAAUAUCACCAUGGGGAUGCUGUGUUCAGGGUACUACGUUUCUGUUUCACCGCUGACUUCUAAAGUUGCAUUGGAUUUUAUUUAGGGCUCGAUACAAAUGCGCAUCACACUUUUCAGAUUUUUAGUUGUGAGAAAGUGUUUUUUUUUUUUCCCCCCUUCCACCUCAUAAUUAUGUGCCAUUGACAUGUUGGUCUGUUAUAUAAAAUCCCUAUAGAAAACAUUACAGUUGGUGGCUGUGAUCUGACCAAAGGAAAGGAUGUUUGAGGGGUGGGAAUACUUUUUGCGAGGCACGGUAGUCUCCUCCCGAUGGCACCCGUCCUCCCGCCUCCUGACGAUCAAAACCAUCAGUAUGACAUUGCUGACGUUUUCAGCGUGCGUUCGUCACAAAACCAGACACUAACUUGUGGUGUUGAUGUGAUUCCUAAACCCAUCGGCAGUGUUUCAUUUAGUCUGUGCUACUGCAAAAAAAAUAAACUAACAGUGUUGCUGUGGUUACCCAAAUCCACGGACAGCUCCGCUAGCAGACAGCCAGAGUCCGAUGAGCUGUAGCGCAUCUUCUGCCCGCGUGACGGUGUGUGUUUUGCGAAGACCUGUAGCGGUCUUCUCAUUCGUUAGAUGACGUCUUUCAUGAUAUUUGCUGCUUUUUCUUUUAAAUGUACAAUGAAAUUAUACUGUUGAAAAUCCAGGCAUGUGGACAUGUCUUUAACUGUAUGUUUUCUAAGAAGAAAAAAAACCCUAAUGGUCUCUCUUUGGAUUUCUUCGUCUAUUGUUGAAACCGUGAUUCUGAAGCUUUUACGAAGCGAUAAAGCAUAUAUGUGUUUAUGGAUGGCAAUAAAUGUGUUAAGUGAG